AUGCAAUAGGCGCAAGUUCGCUCUAAUCUCCCGAAACCAAUUUAUGGUUUGCAUAAAAGAUUAGGAGAAGAAAAUGUUGAAUAAAACACAAAAGCAGUCAUAGAAAAAUAUAAAACAUAUACUUGGGAUAAAUCGUUCAUUUACAAUUAUCUUGAUACUCGUUUAUUGAAAUCAAUAUUUUUAGAUGAUAAUUAAUACUUUUAAGAUUGCAUUUUUCUAAUUAAUGAAUAUAAUGCAGAGGUAGAGAAAAUCAAGAAAAGCAAGGAGGAAAUGAAAAAUGGGCCAUGGAAAAUGCGUUUUUUUAGCACUCUAUAUAAUUUACUUCGUGAGGUCAUUUUUACAAGAGACAGAAUACUUUAACGAAGUUUCGCCCAAGAUGUUAAUUAAUGGGCGUAUAAGCAAUUAGAAGGUUUAGAGGCAGAUUAGAAAGAAAUUAAACCUUUUGAAAAUGAUCCAGCCUUUAUGCUUACAACACUAAGAGGAGUUAUGAAAGAUUUUAGCAAGUAUCGUAAAACCUCAAGCUCUAGGGAGAGACCUGUAAAUAAAUCUCUUGAAAAAUAGAUAACAGUGACCUUUACCGCUAACACUUUACCUAAUUUUAACGACGAAUCAACUGUAAUAGGCAACAGAACUUUCCUUGAUGAAAGCACAAGAGAUUAAACCAUAUUAGAUAACAGAUAAUAAUCCCCAGAAAAAGAAGAAUAAUCAGUUUUGAGUUAAAGCACAACUCAUUUUAAAGUAACUUCUAUUUUAUCUUAAGCUGGGCUGCGUCCUAAGAUGAAGAUGCCUUCAGAAUAUGUACAAGAAGCUUUAAAAGAUUAUAAUAUAUGUGCUCGUACUAAACAUCCUGAAUAUGAACCUCCUGCUGUAAGACUGAAAGAAUAUAAGAGAAGAGUUUUAAGCUUUGAUGAUCCUUCUAAAGUGUUAACUAAGUUGGCUGAUACAUAAAAGAAAGAUUCUGAAUUUUCAAGAGUAACUUAUCCUAAGCCUUUAACACUCUAGGAUAUGAAAAAAAAGAAAGAAGAAGAAGAAUAGUAAGCACUUGAAGAAUAGAAGAGAGAAGAGGCUGCAAAUAGAGCAGAAAGUGCUGCUGGAGAAAUUAAACCAGAAGAUGGAUAGGCCCCUGCUGCAGCAACUCCUAAUUAGGAGGGAGAAUAAAAAGCUGAUGAUGAUAAGAGCUAAAAGGAAGACUUGGAUUUAAGUGGAAUUCUAGCUGAAAAGGAUGAUGGAUAACCCAAAAAACCUCCUCUUUAACCUAAUAUUAAAAAUUAUACGAAUGAUGAAUAUGGAAAGGAGACUUUUAUUAGAGAUUUAAAUAAAAAGUAUGAUCACAGAAGCAACUAUAUUUACUAUGAGCCUUCUGAUGAUGUACGCGAAAUAAGAAUGGAAAAUAAGUGGAAUGAAAAUAGGUAAAAGGAAUUAAAAGAGAAGAGAGAAAAUGAAGAAAUGAUUAAAUUGGUUUAAGAAUGGUCUAUUGCAAAAGGCAGAUUAGAAAAAGAAAUCAGUAGAAAAAUAGAUUCAAAUAUUUAUGGUUCGAAAUUUAAGGAUUGCGAAUAUCGCUUUAAUAAAAAAACAAAUGAAGAGCUUUAAAAGCUGGAUUAAGAAACUAAAGAAGCUGCUCUUAAGCAAAAUGCCCUCUAAGAAAUCAGGGAAAUAGAAGACAAGAAAAAGAGAAUCGAAUAAAAAAAGAAGGAAAGAGAGGAAAGAAGAAAGGAAAGAGAAGAAAAGAAAAAUAAGAAAAAAAGACAUGAUUCUGACUCAGAUAAAGAAAAGUCUGAUGAAGAGUCUUAUGAUGAAGAAUUAGAUGGUCCUUUUGAUCCCAGCAAUCCUAAAUUUAAAAAUAAAAGACGUCCUCAUUCAUUGCAUGUCUAAUCAAAGCCUGAAUAAAAAAGUGUUGAUUUCACUUCUACUCUUCCUCGUAUAGCAAAAGUGUAAAAUCAAACUAAUUUGCAUCCCUUCAAAGGACUAGAAUAUGAUACAUAACGUUAAAAGAUUGAAAUGAUAAAGAGACUUCAUGGUAAUUUAAUAAAUAUUAAACCUAAUAAUCCAGCUAAUAACAAUGAAUUAUCAAAAACUCAGUAAGCUGCUGUUUAAUCUGAGUCUUCAUAGUCAUUUUACUAUGAAAGUUAAAAUAGAAACUAAUCUAAGGAACCUAUAUAACCUUCUUUAUCAGUGUAUUCAAGAGAUGUUAUGUAAAAGCUUAGACCUUUUUCAGCAAUUUUUGAAGCAAACGACCUAUCAGUAAUUUAAAAGGAGCAACUACUGGAAGUACACGAAGUAAAAAAUAGAAUGGCUAAGUAUAAACUUUCAGUACCAUAUAAAAAAUUAAAAGAUGCAAUAAUUGUCCCAGAAGGCCUGACAAAUAAAGAGGAUUUAGAGCUUAUUCCAGAUCCUGGACAAGGAUUAAUAAAAAAUCCCUUUAUGAAGGAUAAGAAGAAAAAAAAGAAGAAGAAAAGAAAGUGA